AGAUAAAUAAAUAAAAUCUUAAUAAAAAUAAACAAAUUCUAAUCAUAAUAUAUCAUGAAGUCUCUCUAAAUAGAAAAUUCACCCUUCAUCCUGACACCCUCACAAAUGACGAUCCUUUAUGCCUAUUCCCUUGCAUCCUUUCGUAAUCAUUUUACGUAGAGGAAAGCAAAACAUGCAUAUCAUUUAUCUCCCUCUUAAUUUUUUAGUGCAGCGGUACGUUGUAGUAGAAUGCUUGGCUCCUAGUCAGCCGAGUCCCCUGCCUGUAACACAUUCCAGGGGGUGCGUGCGGUUAUAAAUAGCCUGCCGCUAACAUCUGUGUAUGUAGCGUUUCCUUCUACGUACUUUUUUCUUUAGGCUAGAGACUGAUUCAGAAGCACACCGGGGGUGAAUAUCUUCGUUUAGCCCUUGCUUUCCAGAAAGGCUGUGAUGUGAUACGGGUAGUAAGGACUUCACGCUCCUGGGAUUGCACAGUGAAACGUGGGGUUAAGUUAUAAAUGUGGUCAGCGAGAAAUCAAGCAGGGUCCCCCUAGAAAGAGGGGGACUCUUUCUAGGAUAUGCCAACAUUGGACAGUCUGUCUAGAUUGGCCUCAACGAAAUCAUGACCGUUGGCCUCUAUUUGGACAGAUUUCUCCUGUUGUGGCUUAUUUUAAACUCCCAGUGUGAAGGUUGCAGCCCACAUGUAGUCUGUUUUUCCCCAUCAAAAUACCUGUACUGUAGGGAGAACUUUAGUAAGAGCCAGCGAGAAGAGAACUGGAUGUCAUACCAGUAUAAACCAGCAGAAACCACAAAAGACAUUAUUUACAGAUGGUCCCUGAUCAUAGGAUUGACAAGAACAAAAUUAAAUACUUGAAGAAACAGUUGAAUGUUUCAUGAUAGCUCUUUAGUUAAGGAGAAUUAUAUGAAAAUUGGAAUUUCUUCAAUUAGUAAAAUUUUUUAAAAGAUUUUUAUUUGAGAGAGAGAUAGCAAGAGAGAACAUGAGCAGGGAGGAUUUCCGGUUGCACCACCCGGGCCCGCUACUUUGCCUUGGGCUACUGGCUGCACUGGCCGGGAGCAGCCCCCAGGUGAUGCUACUUGCCACCUACUUUCUGGAACUGUCUCUGCUGGAGACCGAGGCUGCAGGAUGGGAGCCCGGCUCCAGCGUCCAGCCCUCGCUUUACAGCCCGGCAGAGCUGCGCCCGCUCGAGCCGUGCAUGGCCCGCGCCGCGCUCCGAGGCCCCGCUCCUGGCCCUGCCGACAUCUUUCUCAAGUACAGGCAGCCCCAGCGCCAGGGCACCAGCCUCGCCGCCGCCCGCCUGCUCUGCCGCCCCCAGCCCGAGCCUCCCUGAGCUCGGGGACCCCAGCAAAAAAGACUGUCCGUGUGUAUCCGUUUUCCACGUCAGUAAAGGAGGUGUGUGGGGUUUUGUUUUGUUUAAAAAAAAAAAGAGAGAGAGAGAGAGAGAGAGGGCGAAACAGGCUCCCCACU